AUGACUCCGGCAGUACUCAGUAAAUUGAGACGAUGCUUCAAGAAAAAUAAAGAAAGGACCAAAGCUCAGGAUAUCGACAGGCGUGUAGAGGCAGUGAUGAGAGCGGCAGCAGCUGAAGAGGGCAUCGAGUUCGCGGAGGCUGAUCCCCCGCCACAAGACUCGCUGUGGCUGGAUGAAGCUGGAUUUGUUACUUCACUGGAAUCAAUAUUUGGUAAGAAACCCGCCAACUUAGCUAUCAAUUUACUGUUAAAAUUUACAAAUUCAUAUUUUUGGGCAAACACAGGUCACCACAAAUACACGACACAUGCACAUAAGCUGUUUCAACUGCUGGACAGCUUCAGCAGUGGCAAGGUAUGGUGGAGACAACUAAUAUGUCGGCUGGUAGCCGUCGGAGCCAAGAAAACGAGCACCAGAGCUGAAGUGUGGAAGCCACUCAGUGAACAGGAUAUCAAGAGGCUGGACCACUGCAAGCGGGAGACGCUGGUGAAGCUGGUCUGUGUGGAGCGUGAGGAUUCGUUCUGUUACGUGGCGGUCUCUCGUGGGGGACGGGUCGGCGUCUACAGUGGUGACAUGCGUCUAUUGCAUUCUUAUGAGAUGUUUUACCAUCGGUCAGGGGUCCGCAAACGUGUUAAAAACCGAUGGAUAACCGACGCAAUAUACUUACCGGUAAGUUGGUUGGCUUGUAAUUAAAAUAAGUGAAA